GCCGCCGCCGCCGCGAGCUCGAUGCGGACGGAGCCUGGGCCGGGCCAUGGGGAUCCUCAGCAUCACGGACCAGCCGCCCCUGGUCCAGGCCAUCUUUAGCCGAGAUGUGGAGGAAGUGCGUUCCCUCCUCUCGCAGAAGGAGAACAUCAAUGUGCUGGACCAAGAGAGGCGAACCCCAUUACAUGCUGCUGCCUACGUAGGCGAUGUCCCCAUCCUCCAGUUGCUACUGAUGUCAGGUGCUAAUGUCAACGCUAAGGACACACUGUGGCUGACCCCUCUUCAUCGUGCCGCUGCCUCCCGAAAUGAGAAGGUGCUGGGACUGCUGCUGGCACACUCAGCUGAUGUGAAUGCCCGGGACAAGCUGUGGCAGACACCACUGCAUGUGGCUGCUGCCAACCGGGCCACCAAGUGUGCUGAGGCUCUGGCACCCCUGUUGAGCAGCCUCAAUGUGGCUGACAGGAGCGGGCGCAGUGCUCUGCACCAUGCAGUACACAGUGGGCAUCUCGAGACGGUGAACCUGCUCCUCAAUAAGGGAGCCAGCCUGAAUGUCUGUGAUAAAAAGGAGCGGCAGCCGCUGCAUUGGGCAGCUUUCCUAGGGCAUUUGGAGGUCCUGAAACUGCUGGUGGCACGUGGAGCAGACCUCAGCUGUAAGGACCGAAAGGGCUACGGGCUGCUCCAUACAGCUGCGGCCAGCGGCCAGAUUGAAGUGGUGAAGUACUUGCUCCGGAUGGGGGCUGAGAUCGAUGAGCCCAACGCCUUUGGAAACACAGCCUUGCACAUCGCUUGCUACCUGGGCCAGGAUGCUGUGGCUAUUGAGCUGGUGAACGCCGGAGCCAACGUCAACCAGCCGAACGACAAGGGUUUCACACCGCUGCAUGUGGCUGCUGUCUCCACCAAUGGCGCUCUCUGCUUGGAGCUGUUGGUUAAUAACGGGGCUGAUGUCAACUACCAGAGCAAAGAAGGAAAAAGUCCUCUGCACAUGGCUGCUAUCCAUGGCCGUUUCACGCGUUCCCAGAUCCUCAUUCAGAAUGGUAGCGAGAUCGACUGUGCUGACAAAUUUGGGAACACACCACUCCAUGUGGCUGCUCGCUACGGACACGAGCUGCUCAUCAGCACUCUGAUGACCAAUGGCGCGGACACCGCCCGGCGCGGUAUCCACGACAUGUUUCCCCUGCACUUAGCUGUUCUCUUUGGAUUCUCUGACUGUUGCCGGAAGCUUCUUUCCUCAGGUCAGCUGUACAGCAUCGUGUCUUCACUCAGCAAUGAGCACGUGCUCUCUGCUGGGUUUGACAUCAACACACCUGACAGCCUUGGCCGCACCUGUCUUCAUGCUGCUGCUUCUGGAGGGAAUGUUGAAUGUCUUAAUUUGCUUUUGAGCAGUGGGGCGGACCUGAGAAGGAGAGACAAGUUUGGAAGGACCCCACUGCACUAUGCAGCUGCCAACGGGAGCUAUCAGUGCGCAGUGACACUGGUGACCGCCGGGGCGGGCGUCAACGAGGCUGACUGUAAAGGCUGCUCUCCUCUUCACUAUGCUGCUGCUUCUGACACCUACCGGAGAGCGGAACCCCACACUGCUUCCAGCCACGAUGCUGAAGAGGAUGAGCUACUGAAGGAAUCCCGCAGGAAGGAGGCCUUCUUCUGUCUGGAGUUCUUAUUGGAUAAUGGUGCAGACCCCUCCCUGCGGGACAGGCAGGGCUACACAGCUGUGCACUAUGCAGCCGCCUACGGCAACAGACAGAACCUGGAACUGCUCUUAGAAAUGUCCUUUAACUGCCUGGAGGAUGUGGAGAGCACCGUUCCCGUCAGCCCUUUGCACUUAGCUGCCUACAACGGUCACUGUGAAGCCCUGAAGACGCUGGCGGAAACGCUGGUGAAUCUGGAUGUCAGGGACCACAAGGGCCGGACCGCGCUCUUCCUGGCCACGGAGCGAGGCUCUACAGAGUGUGUGGAGGUGCUCACGGCCCACGGUGCCUCUGCCCUCAUCAAGGAGCGUAAACGCAAGUGGACACCCCUGCAUGCUGCUGCUGCCUCUGGCCACACUGACUCCCUGCACUUGCUGAUUGACAGUGGGGAGCGAGCUGACAUCACAGAUGUCAUGGAUGCCUAUGGACAAACCCCACUGAUGCUGGCCAUUAUGAAUGGUCACGUGGACUGUGUACAUCUGCUGCUAGAGAAAGGAUCCACGGCUGACGCUGCUGACCUCCGGGGCCGCACUGCCCUCCACCGUGGGGCAGUGACUGGCUGUGAGGACUGCCUGGCUGCCCUGCUGGACCAUGAUGCAUUUGUGCUGUGCCGAGACUUUAAGGGCCGCACCCCUAUUCACCUGGCCUCAGCCUGUGGCCAUACUGCAGUGCUGCGGACUCUGCUGCAGGCUGCGCUUUCCACAGACCCCCUAGAUGCUGGUGUCGAUUACAGCGGAUACUCGCCCAUGCACUGGGCCUCCUACACUGGACAUGAAGAUUGUCUGGAGUUGUUACUUGAACACAGCCCGUUCUCAUACUUGGAGGGAAACCCCUUCACUCCUUUGCACUGUGCAGUAAUUAAUAACCAGGACAGCACCACAGAGAUGCUGCUGGGAGCUCUGGGUGCCAAGAUUGUGAACAGCCGAGACGCCAAAGGACGGACCCCCCUUCACGCCGCUGCCUUCGCGGACAAUGUCUCUGGGCUCCAGAUGCUGUUGCAACAUCAAGCAGAAGUGAAUGCCACUGACCACACUGGCCGCACUGCGCUAAUGACGGCAGCCGAGAACGGGCAGACCGCUGCUGUGGAAUUUCUGCUGUAUCGUGGAAAGGCAGACCUGACUGUGCUGGACGAGAACAAGAACACUGCCCUGCACCUGGCUUGUAGCAAGGGCCAUGAGAAAUGUGCCCUCAUGAUCCUGGCAGAAACCCAAGACCUUGGCCUUAUCAAUGCUACCAACAGUGCACUGCAGAUGCCACUCCACAUUGCUGCCCGGAAUGGACUUGCUUCUGUGGUGCAGGCCCUGCUGAGUCGUGGGGCCACAGUGCUGGCUGUGGAUGAAGAAGGUCACACCCCAGCACUGGCCUGUGCCCCAAACAAGGAUGUGGCGGACUGCCUGGCCUUGAUCCUCUCCACCAUGAAGCCUUUCCCACCCAAGGACGCCGUCAGUCCUUUCAGCUUCAGCCUGCUCAAGAACUGCGGCAUCGCAGCCGCCAAGACGGUGGGUGGCUGUGGCGCCCUGCCUCAUGGGGCCUCCUGUCCCUACAGCCAGGAGCGGCAUGGCGCCAUUGGGUUAGAUGGCUGCUACUCCGAGUAGCCCCCUCCAGUGUCCCUCUCCCUGCCGGCGGCUGAUACCUUAUUCUAUUUAUUAGAGGAAGUCUAGACAUUUGGGCACUUUAAAGGAGAACAUGACUGGACGGUGGGGUGGGGAGGAAGCACUGGGGGCAGCUGCUACCCCUUUGCCACACCAUCCUGGCCUGGCAGAGGUCUGGGACCCACAGGGAGCACCCCAGGCUCUUGGUACCCCCAGGGCACCCCCUUCUGCCAAGUGUCCCAAAAUGAUUGCUAAAUGCCUGGCUCCCCCUCCUUGACUCCAUCUCUCAGUUUCCCCUGUUUGCUGCCAGCUCCCCCAACUCUUCCUUCUGACUCUCCUCUCUGUCCCCCUCUUUCCCCUGCUGCCAGGCAGAUUCCCCCUUUUCUUCCAUACCCAUCACUGCCUUCGUGCUUGGCCCCUCCAUCCCUGCAGCAGUGAGAAGCCUUAAUUUCUGGUACUGUGUGAGCACUCUGGGGGUGUCCCCCUCCCCCUUCAGGGGCAGCUAGAGGAUGAGGGGGGAGGGUAUUUAGCACUGGGGCCUAGAGCUUCCCCCCAUAUCCUAUCAUCCCUAAAAUUCAAAUGCAGACACUUGAAGCAGCAACUACUGAACCUGGCCCUCAUCCCACGUUCUCCCCUGGCUCCUCAUGUGCAAACCAAGGGCUGCUUCUGCCUCCACAGCCUGCUUCCUCCCCUACUUCUAGCCUGGCCUCCAACCACGCACUUUAACCUUGCUUCUUUCUUUUAACUUCUUUUCGGGGAGGGGAGCCUGUGGCCAUUCCCUCCUUGGCUCUCCUCUCCCUGAAUUCUGAGGCUUGUCAUGAAUUUUUAAGUAAGCAUUUUAUUCUUUAGGGGAAGAAACAAAUUAAUAUCCUGCCCAUUUCAAAAGUACAGCCCUAGUAUGUCCUCUGUGUUUCAGGCAUGUGUUUGCAUGUGAGUGGAGGUAGGGACCAUUUCUUCCUCCUGUGUCCCCCAGUCCCGGAGUUCCUCCAUGCCCCUGUCUGUCUCCACCUUCUGUCAUGUCUGAGAGUCCCCACUGCCCCAGUCGCUCCUGAUAUGAAGCCAAAGAUGGUGGGAAGAGCAGGGGCAGUGUAGGGCCUGCUUGUUAGGGAACCAGGCCUCCUCCAGUGAGGGAGGCACUGGUCAAGGGAGCAACAGAUGGACCUUGAGGCUCAGUCCCUGCCUUCCUCAGUGGGGAGAGAUGGGGUUGAGUAGGCGCUGCAUGAAUACGAUUCCUGGAAUGUACCUGAGAAGCCAAACUGGGCUGGAAUGAGAAGGGGCGGUGCUCUCUUUAAAUGUAGCAUUGCGUCUGGCCCUGGUGUCCAUUCAUCUCCUUGGUGAGCCUCUGCACAGUCGGACCCAAUCCCGUAACCCAGUGUCCUCUCCUCACACGCAAUACCUCAGCCAGGGGCCAAGACACAGAACUUGAAUAGAGGUCCUGCCCCUCUCCCCCACCAUGCAUCCUUGCCCAGUUUGGCUGCCGUCAGUAUUGCCCCCUGAGAACUGAGAACUGGAUGGGCUUCGUUUACACAGUCCAGGGGUCUCUCCCAGGGACCCCUCCACCUCCUUCCCUACCCCGCUCGCUCUACUCACAUUCUUACCCGUUUCUCAGUUGUGUCCCUUGAAUGUCUUGCCACCCUUGCCGAGGGUGAGCUGAUGGGAGAGGGGCUGUCCCAGGGAGCCCUUCCCCCUACAGACACCCUGCACCAUACCUCACGCUGGUUCCCAGAAGCCUGGGGUGUUCGACUUUCCUUUCUGUGGUCCCUGUUAUCUCUCUGUGUCUUGCUACCCCACCUCAGAUCCUAAACCAUUUCAAGGCUUCCACGUGACCAUAUUGGUGAGAAGGAUUGUGCAGCUUUUAGUUUUUAUUUUUGUUUUCAAAGCCAAAGGGCCUUGCAAUGCCCCUCUUGCCCACAUCCCUUCAUGCCCUCUCCUUCCCUAGACGACAAUCAAUGUGACCUCUCUUAAGGGCUGCCGCCCCCACCCCACCCCCACCCUGCUGGUUCUGCAUAGCUUGCCCCUAACUUUGAUUCUCUUCCCUAAAUCCUUCCCAUUUCACCCCUCCCUUUCAUCUUGGUGCUGGGGAUUAGGUGGUGGGGGCCCGGGGAGCAGGGAAAUGUUUGUUCCCCUGGGGUGACGCGGGGGUUAGUCGUGUUCUCCUUUAUCACUGCUUGACGACGGCAGAAGACUGACUGAGCGUUUGUCAGGAGCCCCAUUGUUUGGUUUUGCUAGAUGAGAUUUCUGGUGGCUGUCUGUUCCCUGCUGUCCGGAGCACAGUGUCAGCAGUGCGGGAAUAUGACAGGGAGCCCUCUGUCCCUCAUGUGGUGUGAGGGGGCCUGGAGGGCCAGCAGCCUCCUCUCCUUAUGCCAAAGGAAAUCCCACACCCCCGGCUCCCCGCCGCUGUCUCUGAAGCAUUCUGACCAUCCUCAUGGCCACUGCAUAUUUAUUGUCAUGUUAAGAUUUUGUUUUAAACCUCUUUGA